CUCGACAGUACAAUAUUUUUGAACUCUGACAAGCCCAACAAUUCACAUUCAGCAAUAAGCUAGACAACGCACCUUUAAACUAUCAAACCCUAACGAUUUUCAAUUUUGAUGCGAUAAAAAAGAAGUGCAAAAAUUACGUAAGGAUACGCAACUUCUCAGUUACCAAAUCCAAUGCCGCAGACACAACCAAACCCCUAGCUGAGGCCCCAGGCAUGAACGGCCCUGUCGAGGUUCUCCGACCACCCAACGCCACCGUGUCGGUUUUCGAGUUCGGCUCCGUCGUCGCCUCCAACGACAAGGUCACGCUAGCUGGCUACUGUCCCGUAUCGGAAAACUUCGAGCCCUGCCGCUGGGAGAUCAUUCAAGCAACUCAGUCCAACGCGCCUCAGUUUCGAAGGACAAAACUCAAAAUUAGGGAUGGUAGAAAGGACCAAGUCUGGUGGGUCAGUCUGGCAGCGGCCAAAAAAGUCAGCCCGGAAUAACAUUUUCAACCUGGGAGACUAGUGGAGAUGUACAAUAAGGCCCUGAGAGGAUCCACACGCCCCACUAAUUUUCUCUCAAAUUAUUCUCCCAGAAUCUCAUUUUCAUUUUCAUGUCAUUUCAUUUACCUUUCUUUGCAUGCCAACAUCUGGAGCAAAGUCUCAAAUCGAAGGUUUUGCUUCUGCACUUCAUCAUGCUGAAUUAACCAAGAUUUUGAAGGUGCCAAACUUCAACACAUAGAGGACCAACCUGGUUCCGCUCUUACAAGUUACUAGUUUGUGCAUAUGAUGUUUCUCUUUCAAGCAAAAUGCACUAAACAAUUGGAAGCUUUGACUCAAAGGUGUAUAUCUAGAUGGUCUAUUACACCUUAUGCUCGUUACUCCAAUACUUCUCAGAAGAAGUCUAAGCUUGCUCCUUUGCAGGAGAGGCGAAUGAUAGACAAGUGUAAGAUAUUUGCAAAAGCAGGUGAUGGAGGUAGUGGUUGCUCCAGCUUGCGCAAGGGAAGACCCGAUGGUGGCAAUGGUGGGAGAGGCGGUGAUGUGAUUUUGGAAUGCUCUACCAGAGUUUGGGACUUCAGUGGUUUGCAGCGUCAUCUGAUAGCCGACAAGGGAGGACAUGGAUCAUCAAAAAACUUGAUAGGUAGCAGGGGUGCUGAUAAGGUUGCCCGUGUACCCAUUGGCACUGUACUUCAUCUUGUCAAUGGAGAUAUUUCCUCCGUUGUCAAAACUCAAUCCUUGACUGAUUUAGACCCUUGGGAUAUUCCUGGGGCACUUGUUGAUGAUCUUCCUGACCCUGGCUAUGGUUCUACCUCCAGUGACACAAGAGGGGAAGUAAAAGCAACACAUUCAUUUGGCUGCUCCUCAACGCAAGAUGAAGAAACAAAUGCUGAGAAAUCCAGACAUGAUACAUCAACAGAUGCGUUCUCUCAACUCUCCACGUCUAAUGGAGCUCUUGAAUUUUGUACAAAGGAUAUAGAAGAGAACCAAGAGAUAAUAUACAAUGUUGCCGAGUUAACUGAAGAAGGUCAACAAAUUGUCAUUGCUCGUGGAGGAGAGGGUGGUUUAGGCAAUGUGUCUAGUUCCAAAGAUUCAAGGAAAUCUAUGACUAUGAAGGCAGGAGUUUGUCAACAGAUACCUAAUCUUCAGGAUCCUAACAGUAUCCACUCCUCACUACAUGCAGGUUUACUUGGUGUUGAGACCGUUCUUAUAUUAGAACUGAAGAGUAUUGCUGAUGUAAGCUUUGUUGGAAUGCCUAAUGCUGGUAAAAGCACUUUACUUGGGGUUAUAUCAAGGGCUAAGCCUGCUGUUGGUGACUAUGCGUUUACUACUCUUAGGCCAAAUUUGGGGAAUCUAAACUACGAUGAUCUCUCAAUUACCGUGGCUGAUAUUCCCGGGCUUAUAAAAGGUGCACAUCAAAAUCGUGGUCUCGGGCAUGCAUUUCUGCGCCACAUAGAGCGCACAAAGGUUCUUGCUUAUGUGGUAGACUUGGCUGCUGCUUUAAAUGGAAGGAAGGGAAUUCCGCCUUGGGAACAGCUUAGAGAGUUAAUUCUAGAGCUAGAGUACCAUCAAGAUGGUUUGUCCAAUCGACCAUCCUUGAUAAUUGCAAAUAAGAUUGACGAGGAGGGUGCAUGUGAAGUAUAUAAGGAGUUAAAGAGAAGGGUACAAGGCGCAAGUCAAAACUUUGAUUAAUGAGGAGACUCUUCAGGAGGGAAUGAAGUUUGCAGAACACAUGCGAGCAAUAGCUGGUUCUAAGAUCGUAAUAAUGGUUUUCACAAAAACAGACACUAAAUCUACCCGCCGCUGUAUUCUUGAGGUUGAAAAGAUCCUCGAGUGCCACCAAACUUUUGGCCAAAUAGUUCUGUCCGUAUUUUACGAGAUUGACCCAUUAGAUGUACGUUUUGAAAACGAUGGUCUUGGAAAAGCGUUGGCAGAAGCUGCACUUAAAAGCCCUUCAGGAAAACAACUGGAAUACUGGUGGUGUAGACAACCUGCAGGUAUCUUUGGUUGGGAUGUCAGAGAUUUCAGGUAAAGAAAUAAAUCCUUCCUACUUUCUUCUAUCUUGGGACUGAAUGCAUCAUGUGUUAAUUAAGGUUGUGAUUUGUUUGUCAUAAUACAUUAACAUUCAUCUUGAAGGCAUGAUGCUGAACUUGUGAAGGUAAUUGUUAGCCAUGUUCAGACAUUGCUAGGCUAUGCAGACAUGUAUAUUGCCCAAUUUCCUCUUGGAUUAGAGUCCCAGGUAGAAAAGGUAAUUGGAUGUAUUGAAA